AUGGAAAACAAUGACAAUGAUUUUACGGAUUUUUGUUCCACUUAUUAUGGUUCUACGGAUGUGAAUUUGAAUGAUGAUAAAACCUAUCCGAAUUUUGUUGGGAGUCAAGGUAAAGGUAAUGAGAAUGUUGAACAUAAUGUAGAUGAUGAUAGUCCUAAAGAUGAAUGUGCAGAUGAUGAAAGUGAUGAUGAUGAUGAUGAUAGUGCUGGUGAUUAUAUUGCUGGUGAUGAAGAUGAAGAUGAUGAAAUUGCCGGUGAUGAUAGUGCUGGUGAUGAAAGUGCAGAUGAUGUAAAUGAAGGCGAUCAUCAUCAGCACUAUAAUCACCAGCAUCAUCAUCAUCAUCAAUUUGGGAGUACGCAUUCUACAGCUGCAGACACCGUAUACCUCAGCCUCAACCUCGCAAUGCAAACAGAAAUGACACCCUUUACCGCAACAGACACUCCUUUGGGUUCCAAUGCCAUUCAUAGAACAUACAAGCCGGAGAAUUGGACCGGUCCAAAUGCCAUCUCCAAGAUAAGACCUUGA